UCGUGUGUAUACUGGUUAGCCUGUAAAUGUUAUUCACAGAACAAUACCCUCCACCCAUGUAAACACAAGAGAACUAGAACUAGAACCUUUUGAACUAUGUUAAACUGUCACUUUUAAGAGCUAAGAGCUCAAUCUAUUGUGAAAAUGAUCGAGAGCCUCGGGAGUGCUGUCAACCUUGCAACCAAUGGCUGUGUCGCACUUAUAGCUCUAUUUUCCAACACCAUAUCAUUCAGCUUCAACCUCAGCUACUUCAUAGGACGGCUGAUCGUCAAGCUCGCAGUAGCUCUCACUUCUCUCUUUGUAGAAUGUAUUUUGACACUUCAAGAACUAGUUCAUGUGCUUGCAGAAGAUUAUUUUGUUUUCAUGUCAGACUUAUCAUCUGCUCUCUCACUCUUGUUGAAAACACUGAUAGAGUUAGGUGAAAGUUUUUUCUAUGCUGUGUUGGGUACUUGUUCUAGUUUAGGACAUGUUUUUCUAGGCUUACAGAACUUCUCUGUUUUAGUUGUAUCUAGUUUUGUCAAUUUAGUGAACUACAUACUGACAAGUUUUCACUACAGUUUAGUGUUAGUUAAGAACGCAUUAGUCCUUGUUGGCUUGACAUCGUGGGAUAUUUUUGUAUUUUUUCCAAAUUCUUUGUUUACAUUAAAACAAGCAUUAGUUGUAUUUUUCAUUCAAUGCAUGGUUCAUUUAAGAGAUCUUGUAAAAAGUCUUCGUUCAAGAUUACUGGAAGGAUAUCAGGAAACUGUAUGUUUUGUUUCAGACAUACCCAGAGAAUCUCUAUAUGGUUUGUUUGUAUGUGUGUUUUGUGGUUUGAUAUUGAUUAAAUAUCACCGUAGUAUUAUACCUUUGCUAGUAAGAAAUGUUCUUUACAUCCUAAGUCAAAGUCAGAAAACUUUGAUGGCUGCCUGGAUGUACUUAGAAGCAUUCACACUGUGGCUCUUGACUAAUCAAAUGACUCCGUCUUUCAAUGGAAUUCGUCUCUUCGCCACUGCAAAUGGAGGAGCACCAAGAGAUGCUGCGGGUGUGGCUCCAAAUAAUGAACCAUUGAAUGAAAGGGAUGGAGCAAUUGAAGAACAUGCAGAACAAGCCUACAGGAAACCUAUAGAGCCAGAGGAUCACUUAUGUGUAGUGUGUCAAGAUAGUGAAAGGUGCACCAUUAUUCUUCCUUGUAGACAUGUAUGCCUGUGUUAUGAUUGUUGUGCUGCUAUUAAGCGUACACAUGGUCGAUGUCCUAUAUGUAGGCAUAUAGUGCGUAGGACUAUGCGUGUUUUCAUUUAAUGUUUUAAUUUACUUGCUACUUAACAAAGUGAUAAUGGAGCCAGAGGCUGGCUUCAUGGUACCAUUGAAGAUUACCAAACGAUAAAUCUGAAGUUGUCAAGUGUAAUGCAUCUAAAGAUUUUUUCAUAUUUAUAUGGAGUUUUAAUGUCAGAAUUAAGAUUAAAAAGUUAACACAAUUUAACAAAACCUGAAUUCUAAUAGGUUUAACUUUUCUGACAUGUUUUUGGCUAGUCAACAUCAGGAGUGCAGUGCAGUCCAGCAAGUUCCCAAAAUUUUGUGAGCCAUUUUGUACUUUACUUGAUUUCAUAGAAUUGUUCAACAUGUGACAUUAUUGUAAGAGUGAAAUGAAUGUUCAUUCUGGGUACUUUUUGUAAAAUGUAGUUUAAGGAUUUUAAGACUGAGAGUGACUUGACAUUCUUUCUAAAAUUUCAUUGCACCAGUGUUUAUUUUUGUAUUUUUCUACCUCUUUACCUAUCCCACCAAUAGAGGUCAGAACAGAUCAACCUAUUUUUGUUAUGUAUCUUUUUUUUCUUUUGAAUUUAUUAAUUUGGGGCCAGAGUGUUCUAAUACUAUGUUUUAUUCAUGUCAAUUGUUAAAAUAACUGCUUUCAUGUAUGUUUAUUUCUGUAACUCUACAUGGUAUUAAAAUUAUUUAUUUGCAUGUGAGGGCAGUACCAAAAGUACUAAGUACAAAUAAAUAUAAAUUGAUGUAAUUA